AUACCAAAUUUUUUCACUGCUGCUGAAGCAAAGUCCUUCAUUGAAGCAGCAGAAUCUGUGGGCUUUGUGCACCAAGGGAGCUUGGGUCCAGCCAAAGGUGAAGCCUACAGAGACAAUGACCGCAUUUCUGUCAAUGACCCUGUUCUUGCUGAAUGCAUAUGGGAGUCAGGCCUGAAAAAAGUAUUUGAUGACAUCAAAGUUCAGGAAAAAGUAGCUGUAGGUCUGAAUCCAAAUAUUAGAUUCUACAGAUAUAAAGUGGGCCAGCGUUUUGGUCGACAUAUUGAUGAGAGUGUAAAUCUUGGAGAGGGACGUAAAACACAAUAUACUUUAUUAAUAUAUCUUAGUGGUGGUGAAGGCUCCAAGGUGAAAAAAAGUGUGGGUGGUAACCAAGAAUCAUUCAUGCAGUCAUUAGUUGGAGGGGAAACUGUUUUUUAUGAUCAGAGGCAAGCGGUUGUGGCAGAGGUUGCUCCAGUGGAGGGAAUGGCCCUUCUCCAUAUUCAUGGGGCAAAGUGCAUGCUGCAUGAAGCUCGGGCCGUUACCAGAAAUGUGAAAUAUGUCUUACGUUCGGAUGUUCUUUUUGCUUAAUGGUGCAUAAAUUAGUUUCUCAGGUAUUGGCAUCCAGAAAUUAAAGCUAGACAUGUGGACCAAACUCUGUGAGAUGGUGAGUCUUGGGCCUCGAAGUAUGUUUGCGAUCACCCUCAAAGAGUGACUUGAUCCCUGAACCAACAGAACAAUCAGAAUAUAUCAGAACUUGCACUUGUCUCACCCUACAUUGUUGUAAUCUUUUGUCAUACGGUUGUUCACUGGGUAACACAAACAAGAAUGGUAAUGCAUACAAGUUCAAGUCAGUCUUCAAA